UCCUUCAUUUCUAUCCCCACUUCUCAUUCUGCGGAUCUUGCAUAGUGCACAAAACAUGAUGCAUAAAGAGUCGAAAAAUCCGUAAGGACGAACUUUUAUGCGUUAUGCAAACAGAUACGCGUCUAGAUUGUAUAUUAUCAUCUCCAUCAUAUUGUGUUCCAGUUUCUAACCUAUUCUUUUUUUUACAAUACAUGUUGAAAAUGGAUCAUAAGACAUACUGUUUUGAUUCUCAAUAUCAAACUGAAUCUUACUACGGACAGAUGCAAUGUGAUUCUGAAAAUGAACAUAAAAAUGAAAAUUUUUGUGAAAUAGAGAACGAAAUAAAUGAAAACGAAAUAGAUGGAGAUGCUUUACUUAUAGCUUUAGUACAUGACCAUCCCUAUUUAUAUAAUAAAGAAUUAACUGACUUUAAAGAUCAGUUGAAAAAGCUGAAUGCCUGGAGUGAAAUUGCAAUCGUUUUGAACAUGACAGCGGAUGAGUGCCAAUCUAGAUGGACACGCUUACGUGAAAGAUAUACAAGAGAGAAAAAGCAAAGACAAGAAGAGACAACCACUGGAAGUGGAGCCUCAAAAAGGAAAACUUUCGAAUUUUUCAAUAACAUGCAAUUUUUGGAUCCAUUCGUUAAGAAAAGAAGAACAAUGACCAACGUGCAUGCAGUGACCAAAAACUCUCCAUUGACUAAACGGUACAUUUCUUUUCAAAAAAACUUUAGCUCCAAUAACGAAAAGAAAAUCUCCCUUUGA